CGAGAGAGCGCCGUCACCAGAACGUGAGUCAUUUGCCUUGGUCAUAAUAGACCAGGAGAAGUUCUCGCUUGACUUGGACCAGUAGACUGGCUUGUGAAAAUGCAACUGCAUUGUGGCAUUUUCAUUUUUUGCAUCAUCUUUAGUCGAGCAGCAAGUCACAAAUGAACCAAAGAAAUGACCCCAGUUUGACACCAUCUCAACAUUGUAAACAUGAAACUGUUGUUAAUGGGAACUGAAGUUGCAACGAUGGCACAAACGCAACUGGCCAAGAGCAGCAUCUUGUCUCGUCACCUUCAACUUCCAAAGCUAAAACUUGAACGUCUUGAACGUUAGCUCACGAUAAGAUUUCUUAUAAUGUCACUUCCUGUGUGGGCGUGACCUCCCCCUCCUCUCCUGCCUAUCCCGCUGCCCCUCCUCCUUGGUUUUAAAAGAAGGUGGCAGGCGCACGAGCCCCCACUCAUUCAAGCAGCAGUCAUGAGAGCCGUGAAGGUUCUGCUUGUGCUUCUGGCCUUUGUGCUGAACACUCGUGGCGACGUGAGGGCCCGAGACCCCGAGGUGGAGCGCGAGGAGGACGAGCAAGGGGAUCGGGGGGGCACGGUAAGCGUCAUAGGUGCCACCAAGGAGACCCCCCCAAUAGGAGGGAACUACCCAGCCCGAAGCGGGAACUGGUGUGCAUUUGUGCAGAAGCGUAUGGUCACAGUGGCGGCGGCGUGCGGGACGGAGAAAUACACCAUCAAGUCCCAAAGUCCGUGUCCCAGCGGAACACCGGACUGUCAUCUGGUCAUGUACAAGCUGUCCACUCGGCCGCUCUACAAGCAGGAGCGGAAGCUGACCACGGCUCUGUUGUGGAGAUGUUGUCCGGGUCACGGAGGAGACAACUGCGACGACACGGUGGCUGAUGCACAGAACGACUCGACGAGCUCCGAAGUCCGGAGAGCGGCCGCCUUUCCCCAUGCUGCUGGCGUACUUCCCCAGCAACAGCACAGCGACCCAAACAGACAGCAGAACGACCACCAGGGCUCAGUCAACAUCAGUCACGCUCAGCUUCCUGUCCGUGCAAACAAUCGGGCCCACUCUCAACACCACGACAGCGCUCAAGAUCCUGCCUAUGGACCAAAGCAAGACAGCGCUCAAGAUCCCGUCUACGGACCAAACCAGGACCGUGCUCAAGAUCUCGCCUACAGACCAAGGCAGGACCGUGCUCAAGAUCCCACCCACGGACUAAAUGGAGACCAUCAGGCACAUGUUGCGCAUCAGGACCACGCUCAGCAUCCAAACCAAGUUUUGCACCCUGUCCAAGUUCAAGAUCAGGACCCCACACAGCAGCCUUCCCAUGUACAGUAUCCCGUCCAGGUCCAGGAUAGGGACCCUGCUCAGAAUUCUGUCCGUGUCGAGGAGGGCAACCUCACGCAGCGUCCCGUUCAUGUCUGGACUCAGGAACACAUGCCACAACCUGCUAGAGAACCCAAGCAGCCAGAGCACCUUCGUCCCGGCACAUACGAGGAGGCGGAGCCAGCGUCUGGUUCCACAGUCCCCGCAGCAGAGGUGGCUCUCCCCCACAUGGUGGCGCUGCUGACAUUGCAGCUGCAGCCCUCCCUGCAGCUCUUCAACCGCUCGCUGGAGCAGCUCGGCCGGCGGCUGGACGACCUGACCCAAGACGCGGCCGAGCUGGAGGCCGCCCGGCGCCGGGAGCGGGCUGAGCGUGCUGACUACGAGCAACGACUGAACGCCAGGGUGGAGCAGAGCGUCCAGCAGGUGGCGAUGCUGCACAGGCGGCUGGAGAACGCCCUGCGCUCCCAGCAGGCGAUGCUGCACCACAACAUCAGCAACGUCAAGAGCUACCUCAUGGUCAGCCUGCAGGCCAUGAACACCACCUUGGCAGAGCUCAAGCUGGACCAGGCGGUGGGGCAAGAGCAGGGAGAGCAACAAGAAGCCGAAGUGGAGGCACCCCUGGGGGAAGUGCGGCUGGCAAUAUCGCAGACGUCAGCUGUGUGGGAGGCCAUCGGGCGUCUGGACAACAUGGUGCUCAACACCACCGUCAGGGUGGACGAGCUGGCGGAGGACCUGGCGGCGACUCGGGGCGGCGUCCAGCAGCUGCGCCGUGACGCCGGGGCGCUGGGCGAGCGCCUGGAGGGCACGGCGCGCGCCGGCCAGGUGCUGUUCAUGGAGACAGGCCUGGAAGUGGAGGCGGCCAAGGUGGCGGUGCUGGAGCGCGUGGAGCAGCUGGCGGGCAACCUGAGCCAGCAGGGCCGGCGGCUGCACGAGAUGGACGUGGACGUGGACUACCUCUACAGCUUCCUCUACAAGAACAACACGUCGUCACCUUCGCCGUCCCAGUGUGACUGUGGGCAUCUCGACGAGGUGCUGGCCCGGCUGGAGGUGGGCGUGACCAAUGCCACAGAGCUGGCCAAUGAGAACCGUCUGACUCUGGAGGAGCAGGACCGGGAGGCGGCCAUGGAGGCGCUCCAGAGAAGCUUGCAGCAGGUGAAGGACUGGAUGACGUCAGAGCAGAGGCGGACAACGGCUCUGGAGUCGAGCGUGCGGCCGCCGGAGGCCCGGGACGGCGCCCCAGAGGCGUCCGAUGGGAAGCUGUGGGGGGAAAUGAAACGCGCGUCGGCCGAGAUGAAGCGUCUGUCAGCGUCGUUCAACUCGCUGGUGAAGGACGCCACCCGCCACAGCGAGGUCCUGGAGACCCUGCUGGGCGAGGAGGUCCUGGAGUUCCUGGAGUGGCCCGUUCUGGACCAGGAGGCGCACUCCAUCCCGGCACUCAAAGAGCACCUGAGGGUGCUCGAGCAGACGCUGGGUGGUCGCAACCUGGCCGCCCACACAGGCAAUGAGCCGGGAGAUGCGGAGGAGGCGCCCUCAGCGGUUAAGCCUCCGUCCCGGUGGCUGGGCGGCGCUGCGAAGAGCCGAGCAAGACGAAGAACGUCUCGGGAGCAUCUGCAGCAGUCCGGCGGAGACAGCGGCAACCUGCAGAAGCUGGAAAGGAGUGUGGAGAAGCUGAAGACAAAGCUUCUCCAAAUGGAGGCGGCGCCCUUCUGCCGGGAUGGCUUCCAUGGCAAGGAGGUGGCGCGGCUCAAGCGAGGCCCGCACAAACACCUCGGGACCUUCCAGAACUGAACUUUGUUACAUAUUAAAUUGUAGAUAAAUUAUUAGUAUUAUGAUUCAUUCAUUUUCUGGAUUGCUUCAUCCUCUCGAGGGCAUACUGGAGCGUAUCCCAGCAGUCUUUAGGCGGGGGACACCCUGAAGGUGUUGCCAGCCAAUCGCAGAGCACACAUCGAUGAACAACAAUUCGCACCUACGGACAAAUUGGAGCGCUCAAUUGGCCUACUGUGCAUGUCUUUGGAAUGUGAGAGGAAAGCGGAGUACCCUGAAUCAAACCCACAACCUCUGAACUCUGAGGCGGACAUGCUAACUAGUCGACCACCGUGUUGCCUAUUAUUAUUAUUAAAACUUAACCUAAAACACAUGCUAGAUAACAAAACAAGGGCAGAUGUGAAAUUAGUGAAAAUGUGUUGACCGGUAUUACGAUUCCGGUCCUGGUUUGGUCCACAUGUCAGAAAAUUAGCAAAGAAAUUAAUGAUUGUGUUCCAAAAUAAAAUCAGAUGUUUGCAAUUGUCUU